AUGGCGUUGAGAGCCUCCGGUAGAAAACUAUCCUUUGAGAUCCUAACGAAGACCAAUUCUCUGGAAGAAGACCAAUUUCUUCUCCUCGACCAAUCAAGCCCCGAUACCGCGAGAUCGAGCCCGACGAACAACAUUCCGAAGAAGAAGCGAAGGAGGAACAAGCACAAGAAGUCGAGCCCCCAUGCCGAUUCCUACUCCACAAUCGCCGAAGAUCCAUCGGCGGCGGGAAGCAGCGUCGCAGGUUCAAAUUCCAAUUCGAAUUCCGUGAUCGAGUCUCCUAUAUCUGCAGCAGGGGAGUUGCAAAAUGGAAGCGUCUUCAUGGAGGAUAGGUUUAGCAGCCGUUACGGUGGAGGAGGCAGCGUGGUUUGUACUACACCAACAAUCACUGUCGUCGAGUGUGUGUGCGAUAACUCUACAAACAACGGCGGCAACAACUAUGUCGAGUUGAGGCAGCGGAAUGUUGUAAGCGUUGGAGGAGAAGGAGGGGGAAGGAAUGAUGAGGAUUUGCCCUCUGUUUUGAGGGUGAUUGGAGAGGCCGCCGUGGAGCGCGAGUUGGAGGUCGUUUCUGAUGAUAAACCGCGGAAUGAGCCGCCGCCGAUGCCCAAUGGCUGUUGCUUGCCGAGAUUAGAGACUGCAGAGUCAUUGGAUUGGAAGCGACUCAUGGCUGAUGAUCCUACUUAUCUCUUUUCAGUGGAGAAGUCACCAUUGAAUUACUUCAUGGAUGAAAUAGACGAAGGCAACUCAUUACGGCGAACAACAACCCUCGGCAGUGAGAAAGAAAGGGAGAGGGUAUACGACACUCUAUUCCGCUUACCAUGGCGAUGUGAGCUGCUUAUUGAUGUUGGCUUCUUCGUGUGUUUGGAUUCCUUCCUGUCACUGUUGACUGUCAUGCCAACAAGGGUUCUGAUGACUCUUUGGAGGCUUCUCAAAAGAAGGCAGUUCCAGAAGCUCUCUGCUGCGGACUAUUCAGAUUUUGGCUGCUUUAUUGUGUUGGCCUCUGGAGUCCUUCUUUUAGACCGAACAGAUAUCAGCUUAAUAUAUCACAUGAUUCGUGGUCAAGGAACGAUCAAACUAUAUGUGGUUUACAAUGUUUUGGAGAUAUUUGAUAAAUUAUGCCAAAGUUUCGGAGGAGAUGUAUUUCAGACAUUGUUCAAUUCUGCUGAGGGGCUUGCUAGCUGCCAACCAGAAACCAAAAGAUUCUGGAUUUGGAGAUUUCUAGCAGAUCAAGCAAUUACUUUAUCCACAUGCAUUGUUGCUCACAAUAAUGCCUUAUUGGCUUUGCUGGUAUCAAAUAAUUUUUCGGAGAUAAAAAGCAAUGUCUUUAAGCGUUUCAGCAAAGAGAACAUUCACAAUAUUGUAUACGCUGAUUCAGUGGAGAGAUUCCAUAUUACAGCAUUUCUACUGUUCGUUUUGGCUCAAAACAUCCUUGAAGCUGAGGGUCCAUGGUUUGAGAGUUUUGUUUAUAAUGCACUUUUGGUUUUUGUAUGUGAAAUGUUAAUCGAUAUCAUAAAGCAUUCAUUCCUCGCAAAGUUCAAUGACAUAAAACCUAUCGCCUACUCCGAAUUCUUAGAAGAGCUGUGCAAUCAGACUCUAAAUAUUCAAUCUGGGGAUAAAAAGAAAAUCCUCACUUUUAUACCGCUGGCACCAGCAUGCGUUGUCAUCCGAGUGCUCACUCCAGUAUAUGCAGCUCACCUACCGUACAGCCCACUCCCUUGGAGGCUCUUCUGGGUAUUUCUGUUGACUUCCAUAACCUUUGUCAUGCUCACAAGCCUGAAGAUAAUGAUCGGUAUGGGACUGCAAAAGCAUGCCUCUUGGUAUGUAAACAGGUGCCGCAGAAGGAAACACCAUCUUCACUCCGAGUAA